AUGGGUUGGUUACAUGGGCUCAUCGUGGGUCUGCUGCCGCACCUGACAGCAGCACUCUCGCAGUCCCAGACGAACGGCCUGAUCGCCAACGGGACGGAUGCCUAUGCGAACUUUCCGACCACUGGCGUGAUCCGGUCGUAUGAGUGGACCGUCAGCCGCGGGACCCUCGCUCCAGAUGGCUACGAGAUGCCGGUGAUCCUGGUCAACGGGCAGUUUCCCGGUCCAACCAUCGAAGCCAACUGGGGCGACACCAUCCAAGUGACUGUGCACAACAAGAUCCGAGGCCCCGAAGAGGGAACUGCCAUUCACUGGCACGGCCUGCCGCAGCAGGGAACGCCCUGGGAGGACGGUGUGCCGGCAGCGACGCAGUGCCCUAUUGCACCCGGCGCGUCCUUUACGUACCAGUUCCAGGUGACCGUGUACGGCACCUCGUGGUACCACGCGCACUACUCGGCGCAGUACGGUGCCGGUCUCCUCGGGCCGCUUAUUAUCUACGGUCCCACCGAGGAGCCCUACGAUGUAGACACUACUACACGGUGCUCGAGGAUGCUGGCGCCCGGCGGCCAACCCGAGGUCUCGUCGGACAACAACCUGAUCAACGGCAAGAACAGAUUCGACUGUGCGACAAAGGCCGCUGGCGACGACACGCCCUGCACCAGCAAUGCCAGCCAGGCCCAGUUCUUCUUCGAGGCCGGCCGGGUGCACCGCCUGCGUCUGGCCAACACCGGUGCCGAGGGCCUCCAGCGGUUUUCCAUCGACGGCCACACCCUCCAGGUUAUCGCCUAUGACUUCGUGCCCAUUGAGCCGUACGAGACCAAGCUGGUGACCCUGGGCGUUGGUCAGCGCGCCGACGUGCUCGUCACGGCCGACCAGGGCACCGCCAAUACGUCUUCGUCCUUUUGGAUGCGCAGCAGCAUCGCCUCCUGCUCGACGGCCAGGCAGCCACGCGCCUUGGCGGCCGUGCACUAUGUCCAGCCGUCGAACACGACAGCAGCUUCUGUCACCGCUGUCGCACUCCCUGUGCCGUCGAGCUCGCCCUGGAGCGGUCCUGAUGUGCCCGAUCCCAGCGUCUGUGCUAAUGACGACCUGCAGCUCACGCGUCCGCUCUUUGCACAGCAGCUGCCGGCGGCCAGCUGGACCCAUGACUUUGAUGUAGAGCUGUUUGUCAACGGGUCCAAUGUGACGCUGUGGAAGUUUGACAGCGUCAGCUUCCGCGGCGACUACAACGCACCGACUUUGCUGCUAGCUAGUCUGGGCAACACCAGCUGGCCGGAAGAGUGGAAUGCCCGGAAUCUGUACACGAGCACAUCGGUGCGGAUGAUUGUCAACAACCAUAGCCCAUCCCAACAUCCCAUGCACCUGCAUGGAAGCGACUUUUACGUCCUGCACGAAGGCCCCGGCGAAUGGGAUGGCACCAUCGUGGAAUCAACCAACCCGAUGCGUCGGGACGUGCAGAUCGUCCGCCCAAAUGGCCAUCUGGUGCUGCAGAUGAACGCCGACAACCCGGGCGUCUGGCCGUUCCAUUGCCACAUCGCCUGGCAUUCCUCGGGGGGCUUCCUUUCUCAGCUCAUCGUGCAGCCCAGCAAACUCCAGGACCUCCAGAUCCCCAGCGUCAUGGCGCAGACCUGUCGCGACUGGGCGUCUUGGACCAAGACACAUAUCCCUGAUCAGAUCGACAGUGGGCUGUGA